UUUCUCUUAUGCAUGCAUCUGAUUCUAAUGUAUUUGUUACUUCUGAUGAUGUGGUGGAGCUAGUAAGUGGUAAAUCAGGCUCGUGUUCUUUUCAUGGGAUGACAUACCCGUCGGUAGAAGGAGGAAAAUUGAAAAAUGCCUCCUUUGAAAAAAAGGACAACUCUUUUUUCUGGCUUUUAGCUCCUGCUGCAUUCAUAUCCUGUCUGAUUCUGCCGCGAUUUUUUCUUAGGGAUGUGGUUGAGGCUUUCAUUAAGGAUCCGAGACUAGUAGAUAUUGUGAGUUCAUUAUUUUCCGAGAUCUUGUUCUACAUUGGAUUUGCUACGUUUCUGCUCGUGGCUGAUAAUGUCCAGAAUCCUUAUUUGGAGUUUAGCUCAAAAAGAUGGGGUCUCAUCACUGGCCUCAAAGGAUACCUAUACUCUGCCAUCUUCACAACGGGUCUGAAGAUUAUUGUUCCUGUCCUUCUGUUGUACAUGACCUGGUCAGUGGUUUCCCUGGAAGCUAUUGUGACUAUAGGUCCAUUUUUAGUUGGUUGUGUUGCUCAAUUUGCGUUCGAGACAUAUUUGAACCAACGCGAGUCAUCUUGCUGGCCUAUAGUCCCAAUUAUAUUUGAGGUAUAUAGAAUGUAUCAGGUUUCAAAAGCGGCUAAUUUUGCUGAGAUAUUGUUGUUUGCUAUGAGGGAGCUUCCUUCCACACCAGCAAUGAAGGAACGAAGUGGAGCUCUGUUUGCAAUCAUGGUGACCUUUCAAUUACUAGGGAUGGUGUGCCUUUGGUCAUUGAUGACAUUUCUUGUGAGGCUUUUCCCUUCUAGGCCUGUAGCAGACAAUUAUUGAGUAGGCUUAUAGAAGAGUAUAUUGCAUUAAUUUUCGGGAUGUCUAUUAAUUUAUCAAUAUCAAUGAAAUCCUUUCCACUUUCAUCUUUAAA